AUGGAACAACAUGAUACACAACCCGAUCGUCCAAUUGGUUAUGGCGCUUUUGGUGUCGUCUGGUCAGUAACAGAUCCACGUAGUGGUAAACGUGUAGCGCUGAAGAAAAUGCCAAAUGUUUUCCAGAAUCUUGCAUCAUGCAAACGUGUCUUUAGAGAAAUUCGUAUGCUAUCCAGUUUUAGACAUGAUAAUGUAUUGUGUAUGAUCGAUGUUAUACAACCGCAGAAUCCUCAUUUUUUUCAAGAACUUUAUGUUUUAACAGAAUUAAUGCAAAGUGAUUUGCAUAAAAUUAUUGUCUCACCACAACCACUUACCACUGAUCAUGUAAAAAUAUUCGUUUAUCAAAUUUUAAGAGGAUUAAAAUAUCUACAUUCAGCAAAUAUUUUACAUCGUGAUAUCAAGCCAGGCAAUUUGCUAGUGAACAGUAAUUGCAUUUUGAAGAUUUGUGAUUUUGGAUUAGCAAGGAUGUGGGAUCCACAUGAACAGUUAGCUAUGACUCAUGAAGUUGUAACACAGUAUUAUCGUUCUCCGGAAUUAUUAAUGGGUGCACGAACAUAUACAGGAGCUGUAGAUGUAUGGUCAGUUGGUUGUAUAUUUGCUGAAUUAUUAGGAAGACGGAUACUUUUCCAAGCACAUGGACCUGUUGAACAGUUAAAUAUGAUUGUUGAUUUAUUGGGUACACCAAAUGAAGAAGAAAUGAAAACAGCAUGUGAUGGUGCUCGAAAACAUAUCCUUUCAUCACCAUUUCGACAACCAAAUUCACAAAAAAUUAUUCAAUUAACACAAGGGAAUGAUGAUGCAGCUGAUUUACUUACUAGAUUGGUAACAUUUGAUCCGGAAAAACGUGUCACAGUCGAUGUAGCAUUAAGUCAUCGAUAUUUGGAUGAAGGUCGUAUGCGUUUUCAUUCAUGUAUGUGUUCAUGUUGCUAUACAACACCAUCAAAUGUACGAAUUUUCUCACAAAUUUUAGAUCCAGUUCAUGAACAUCCAUUUGAUCCAAGAUGGGAGAAAGAAUUGUCACGUAUGUCAAUGUUUGAUUUAAGAGAUCGAAUGUACAGAUUUGUCACCGAACGUGCACCACCAUUUGGUGUAGCACUUACAAUUAAUCCAAACUCUGCCUCAUAUAAAACUUUUACUAGCUCAUCGGUGGCGCAACCAUCCGAAUUUCCGCCUUCACCAAAUGCAUGGGAUCAAUAA